CCACACUACUCCCCCUCCUCACUCAAGACUCAACAAUCCCAAAACUUGAACUCCCUUAGCUUAAACUUGCUAGUUACUUAGUAGUCAUGGCUACCACCAAGCUCAUUACCACCCUUUUCGUCGUCGCCCUCGUUACCCUAACGCCGGUUUGCGACGCAUGCUGCGGUUGCAAGCCUCCUACACCAGUCACCCCUACCCCUACCCCUACCCCUUCAGGUAAUAAGUGCCCUAUUGACACCCUUAAGCUUGGCGUUUGCGCCGACGUCCUAGGGCUAGUCCAUGCAGUCUUAGGCAACCCACCCUCUGGAACAAAGUGUUGUGCCUUAAUCAAAGGACUUGCUGAUGUUGAAGCUGCUGUUUGCCUUUGCACUGCUAUUAAGGCUAAUAUCCUUGGUAUCAACUUGAAUGUUCCAAUUUCUCUAAGUGUUCUACUUAGUGCAUGCCAGAAAGAUGUUCCUAAAGGCUUUCAAUGUCAAUAAGCUAAGCUAAGCUGAUUUUUGGAUAUUACAAGAGAUAAUUUAUGAUGAUGUAUGGAUGGCUUAUCUUUUCAUCAUCUCAUUUGAUUUGUAUUUUAUCAUUUUAUGCCUAGCUUAUAGAAUUUAUAUACUAAUGUUCAUAAUAAUAUGAGCAUUAGUAUGUAUAACUAUAACUAGGUUGUAUUUCUAUAUUAAAUUACAUAAUGUAUGUGCAUGUAUUUAUGAUUUGAAAUUUGAGUGUACUACUUAAUUGCAUUGUA